GUGGUUUGAGGGGAAAAAAGUCAACCAAGACGUUAGAGAAGAGAGCUGGAGUCACACUCCUUCAUCUUUAUUCAGCUGGAAUCUCUCCCCGUCUGCUGCUCAUCCUCCCUCUCCCUCAUCCAUCACUUCAUCUCCAUCAUCUCCAUCAUCCCGGUGACAUGUCCUCAAACGCAGCAGGAACUCCUGGAGCUCCCGGGGGCCCGGAGGGUGAGGGGGGCCCCGGGGGGCCGGCCCCCAACCUGACCAGCAACAGGAGACUUCAGCAGACGCAGGCCCAGGUCGACGAGGUGGUGGACAUCAUGCGUGUGAACGUGGACAAAGUCCUGGAGCGGGACCAGAAGCUGUCGGAGCUGGACGACCGGGCCGACGCCCUGCAGGCCGGAGCCACGCAGUUUGAGAGCAGCGCAGCCAAACUCAAGAACAAGUACUGGUGGAAAAACUGUAAGAUGAUGAUCAUGAUGGCGAUUAUCGGCGUUAUAUUCGUUGGUGUCAUCUUUUUGUAUUUCUUUUACUGAGCUGCUGUCGGAGGAUACGAGUCUGCACCCACAACCACCACCGAGCCGGAUCCUGCUCUUCCUCAUCUCUGCUCCUGCUCUCCAUCCUCCUCUUCCUCAGA